UCGUAGUAGACAAAUCUUAGUAGUAGGUUGUAUAUGGGUGACACUUUCCAAAAUAUAAACAAACACAAACAAAUUGCAAUAGCCCUAAAUGUCUAAUCUAUACAAAGGCGUGGCCACAUUUCUGGGCAAGCUGCGAAAGUCGCCAAAGCCGGAGUUCAAUGUGCUCAUCCUGGGCCUCAACAAUGCGGGCAAAAGCACAUUAGCGGCCCGCCUCGGCAUGGAAACCGAUGAUGCCGUAAAGCAAGUUACUCCUACGGUUGACCUUACGGAAAGACAUUUGAAAUUUAAGAAACUGAGAGUUUGUUUACGUGACUUGAGUGGCCAAUGGAGAAUGCGUCAGUCGUGGCAUACAUUCUAUCAGGAUGCCAACAUAUUGAUCUUUGUUAUCGACAGCUCGGAUGCAUCUCGUUUGAGCGAGGCACGCUGUGAGCUGUGCGAGGUUCUGCUCGACGAGCGACUCUCACACGUACCUUUGCUGCUUUUGGCCAAUAAACAGGAUGCAUUUGGUGCACUUCCCAGCUCCAUGAUUAUUGAGCUGCUGGGCCUGAAGCGCAUCGAGGGACGUCCUUGGAAAAUAUACGAAUGCUCCUCAUUGGCAGGCGUGGGCAUCGAUAGUACAGUCGAUUGGAUCUACGAGCGAUUGAAGCACAUGAAGCCAGCAAGUCUUUUUAGUAAGUUUUUCACUCCUUAUUUUUUGUUUGGACCCACAUGCUUAUUGGAUCGUCGGCGCCACGGUAUGGACGAUUAGUAAAAUUUAUGUAACUGGCACAAAUCGAAUAAUUUAUUAUUCAUUUCGAAUACAAGUGAAAGAACUAACAACAAAUAGGCCAUGACACACACCAAAGACGAUACGAAGUGACAGAAUCGAGUCCAUUUGUAUUAAGUUUGUAUACAUUUGCAUUGGAUAACUAAAAAUUAAUGUUGCUACAUGGACUUAAAAUGUUCGCAGCAACAACGAAAUUUUACUACACUUAGAAUAAUGAAUUAAAUGAGUUUUAACUAAUCCCAAUAAGAUAAAUAUUAAUG